AUGCCCAUCGUUAAGCUCACCGGACGUCGCGGAGUCCCCGCCGAUCCAGCACACCACUUCUACAACCGUUUCAAACUACCCCAAGACGACGGCCAGCACCACCUUGAUCCCGCCUGGUUCGACCGGCAAAAGCAGCGCCAUGUCGAGAAGGACGACCCAUCUCUCCGCCGCUGGCUCGUCGACGAGGUCAACAUACUAAAAGCAUUCCACGACGGCGACACAGACGCAGAGGAAACAGCUCAUGACAUCACCCGCCCCAUCUCAACCUCGUCCGUGCCGGACCUCGGCGGCUAUUCCGAUGGCAUCUUGGCGUCGAACGGCCUAUGGUUCGUACUCAUCACCGCGCUCAUCGAGUGGCCGUGUGAACGCAUAGCCGAUCUCCUCGCGCUCCUGGACGCCAUCGCUAGGAUCCCGGAUAAGAUCCACAAGGGCGAAGUUAUCGGUGAUGAACAUGGAGAUGCACUCUCAUGGAGCGGCUUCCCCUACUUCGCCCUGAGCUGGCCCGACGAUCUACAGCCGGGCCAGAUCUGCCGGCAGUGUCCGGACGCAGCUGCCCGGGCCUUGGCGCGCCGUCUCUACCUCAAGAUCAGGGAUAUCGAGGCGCAGCUCGUGGCACGGCACGUCAUGGGGAUGAGCAGGCAGAUGAUCCGGACCGUCAUCUGCGCACUCGAGACGGACAAGAAGGACGUCGACGGGAGCGAUGAUGCACAACAAGUCGUCGCGCCGAACGAGGCCGUGGCGUACGACCAGGUCGUGCUCGACUUCCACAUCCCCGCCGUAGCCUUCCUGUUCCAGUACAACGUACGCGAGGUUUAUGAUUUGGUCGUAGUAAGAGACGGAUUGAGGGACUGGACGCGGCGGAGCAUGCCGGAUGGAGCGAGGCGGUUUGAGGACGGGGCUACGCGGUGGGUGUUCUGGGAGAGACGCCUGGGGGAGUUGGCUGGGGGGAGUGCGGAUGAGGAGGUUAGGGGUGCUGCUGAGGCGGCUUUGGGGUCUAUGGCUUUAGGUGAAGGUGUAUGGCGGGACGAGGCGAGGUGA